ACCAUUCUGACAGCUUGAUUUAUCUUAGAAUGUAUUUUAUAUUCUUGCUCUAUUGGAAGAGAGGUUUUGCUUCUUAUUGAAAUACAUUUGCUUACUUCAAGCAUUUAUUCAUCAACAGAAAAAGAAAAUGAAUUCAUUCAUCUUCACAGAGUCACAUCCUCAUUGACACUUAACAGUAAUGUAGUGUAGCCAUUCCACUUCUCAGCAUGUUUGUGGGAGUGGGAGAAAACCAGAGAAUAUUUUGUCACUUAACACCAAAUUUUUACUCUCAACACUUUUAUACAUAAGAGCCCUGUACUGCUUUCAGGCAUAUGCUGGAUCUACAUACGACUCCUUUAUCAUCCAAACUAUCUAUAUGUUUCUGUGCUUUAGAUCCACGUGUCCCUGUUUCAGCAUCAGUGCCAACAAAAUAUUCAUUAUCAUCUUUACCAACAUUAUUGUCUAUGCCAACUUCUCUUAAAAGAGGAUUUCCAGCUUUCACUGUGAUCACUGUGUCUGUAAUUCUGCUGCUGCUUCUGACUGGAGUCAUAUUCCUCAUUGUGAUUCUACAUAAGAGACGCAGGACACAAAGUCCAGGAACAAUGACUCCAACUUACAGAGAGACAAAUGGAGAUUAUGAAAAUGACCCAAAUGUGCUCCAUUUCCAGUCAAGACAAAUGACCAACCAAUCAGAUUCGGUCUAUGAAAGUCUGAACCCCGACACCAACCAAUCAGAUUCGGUUUACCAAAGUCUGAACCCCAACACCAACCAAUCAGAUUCAGUCUAUCAAAGUCUGAACCCCAACACCAACCAAUCAGAUUCAGUCUAUCAAAGUCUGAACCCCAACACCAACCAAUCAGAUUCAGUCUACCAAAGUCUGAACCCCAACAACAACCAAUCAGAUUCAGUCUAUCAAAGUCUGAACCCCAACACCAACCAAUCAGAUUCGGCCUACCAAAGUCUGAACCCCAACACCAACCAAUCAGAUUCACUCUACCAAAGUCUGAACCCCAACACCAACCAAUCAGAUUCGGUUUACCAAAGUCUGAACCCCAACACCAACCAAUCAGAUUCAGUCUAUCAAAGUCUGAACCCCAACACCAACCAAUCAGAUUCGGCCUACCAAAGUCUGAACCCCAACACCAACCAAUCAGAUUCACUCUACCAAAGUCUGAACCCCAACACCAACCAAUCAGAUUCGGUCUACCAAAGUCUCAAGUGUUAAACCGACCAGCUGGACACAGUUGGAGUCAGAAAUUGCCCUCUAACCAAUGAGAUUGUUGCUGCCAGAUUCUCUAUUAAACUGGACUGGCCUCUCAUUUGAAAAUUAUUCUAGUUUCAAACUAAAUUGUGGAAUAACCUGUCAAGAUCAGAUAAUGUAAAUGAAUAGUUUUUCAAAAAGCCAGUUUAUCGCUGUUCAGAAGUUUGCUAUAUGCUUGGAAACCAGCACAUGGAAGUGCUGAGAGCCUUCAUCCUCAUCCUGAAAUGUGGUCAAAUAAAGUGUAUAAAAGAUGCCAUUUCAUAUGUUAGAUAUCAUGUGUUCUGUGAUUAACUGAUGCUGAAAGUUUGUGGUUGUGAGUUUGUUUUGAGAGUCAGGAUUUGAGUUGUUCACAAAAUUACACACACCUCCUUCAAGUUACAUUUCUGAUGUGUAAUGAUUUUCAUAACCUCCAUGACACAGGGUUAGAGGUUAGUUAGAAGUUUCAGCUCAAUAGCCACGCUCAACAAUCAACAGUGAACAUUUUUUAUUAUUUAUUGUUAUUUUUAUCAUGAAUCAUCAUUUAUCAUUCCCUACUUUAAUCACUUUUAAUCAUUUUAUAUAAUAAUUUUCCAUAUUAAUGCUGUAAUGAUGCAUUUGCCUCCUAAUGUUUUUAGAACUUUGGGUUGAGUAAGCUUAGCCACACACUGAUUUUUACUGAUUUACUGAUUUACUUAUAAUAACUGUGUUUGUUAUGUGUUGCUCAGCAGAUUAUCAUUUCUAGACAUGGGUGUGUUUGAGUUCCCAGGCACAGAGAGUUUGUAAGUGUUAGUGGAUGCUGCUGAUUUGGAUGAUGAGACCAUGAAAGGGUCAUGUCUUUGUAUUUGGAACUUCAGUAAAAUCCAUCUCCGUCUGUAUGUUUUAUGUCUUCAGACUAAAAAGGCGGAGAUCAUCCCAUUAUUUAACUUUCCACUCACAAAAAUAUAUUUUGAUAUUUAAAAUUGUAAUUAAAUUCAAGUUGGCACUAUAUACACUUUAUAUGUCGACUUGUUUUUGAGUUAUUAUUAGUUAUUUUAAUUAAACACAUUAAAUUCAUGUGACCAGUCAAACAGGUUAAUAACUAUAAGAAAAUCAAUAAUACAUACAAACUUAUGUAAUGGUGAUAAUUUAGAUAAUGCUGGCUUCUUGGUUGUGUUAUUCACUAAUGUGACUAAAAUUACUUCUAACAUCUGUUGUGAGUUGUAAACAUGUGUAUGUGUAUUUACUUUUGUAUAUGCUCAAGAAAUGUCCUUUAAAUAAAAUAAACAAAUAAAAAUAAAUAAAAUGACUUCCUGGACUUUUAGAUUCACUGACGAGGGCCACUCGAGUAUCAUCUAGACCGAUCACAUACCGCACUCUCAUCCGG